AUGCCAUCACCCCCAGCGAAGCAGCAGCGAAAGCUAAUCAACUCUAUUCUGCAUCAUGCGAAACUCGGUGACUGGGAUGCGUUGAGCCAGCUUCUGGAUAAUCCGGAUGUGACGGCAGCAGGCCUGGAGUACCGCGAUAGCAACCCACUGCACGAAGCAAUCAUCGGCGGCCAUCCCGAGAUCGUGCAGCGUUUAAUCGAUCGAGGCUUCGGGUACAAGCAGGCCCAGAUAGCACGCGUCCUGCUCGAGGCCGGCGCAGAUCCCACCCGGCUGGAUGUUACGGACGCGGAGGAGACGCAUGCCGUCUCCCGAGAGAGUCGAACUGACUUUAUGACCUGGAACGUUACUGAAACAGGAAAGCAUGAGUAG